AUGAAGGAAGAAGUUGCUCAAAGCAGAAGCAAUGGCGAUAGUGAUAACUUGCCCACGUUAUCGGAAACACGGACAGCAGCUACCAAUGUUGGCGGAAAUGCUGAGACUCUUGAAACGAACAACGGCGGUGUUGACGCUGAUGACUUGUUGCCUAUUCUGGUUCAGAAAGGUGUUGUUUUGUCCCAAGGUGCCGCCAGCAGUGAGAUGGGUGUUUCGCGUCUCAAUGAGGAGGUAAGAAAAUCGCCUUCUGCUUCUGCCAGUACCACCUCCUCGUCCAAACCAAAAUUAAAUGGUAUGGGUCACAUUGGCAUCGGAGUUCCUAAAGAAACGGACAAUAGUCAGUGCCGGCACCCGGCGCUGACUAGUAUUAUUGAGACCGCCGAGGAGAUACCACAGACGACGUUCGUCUGCACCAGUCGCCAGGGAGACACCGACUCGGUGUCGGGCGAAAAUACCAGUGCACCCGCGGAGCGUCUUUCCGAGGCAAGACCAGUGACUGAGGAUGAUGAGAGGGUCAAUCUCCCAGAUGCUGUUCCGUAUGACGAAGAUACUCUCGACUUGGGCCUACAACGACGCAAACUAGAGAGAAACAAGACUCUCGGAUACCUGAUUCUGCUAUUGAUGUUUGGCGUUGUUUCCAUCGUUGCGGUGGUGGCGGCUAAAGUGUCGUCAUCCGCUCAUCACAAAAACGAAGACAAGACACCGGUGCUUCGGACGUCGACACCCUCGUCUGGGUCAUCAAGCUCUUCCCCUUCCAUGGGACCCACGAUGGCACCAACAUCUCUGCUGGCCAUGAAUCUCCUUGCGCCCAGCACAUCAAUGGCGGUUGCAACGCCGAUGUCGCCACAAAACAGGGCAUAUCACUUCAUGAAGGGAGAGUAUAAUAUCACAGGCAAGAGCACGAAUGAUACCACUUGUAACCAGUAUGGUGUUUUCACCAGGCUCCAUGUGCACCUGCCAGGGCAAAUGGCUGGCUCGGGAACAACUUCCAUGCCACCUGAGAUUGCUCUGUUACCAGCACUUGAAGAAAUCAACCUUGGGAAUAUUGGCAUCAAUGGUCACAUUGAGCACUUCCUAGUGCCAGAGUUGAAACAAUUGACCAGCAUCAAGAGGAUUGGCCUUGCCAGCAACGGCCUCACUGGGCCCAUUCAAGAUUCUGUUUUUGAUUGCCUGCCAACUGCAUCUGUUGAAGAAUUCACCAUUUGA